CCCGCAUCGUACUGAGGAGAAAGAGCAGUGAGAAAACUUUUCUCCACUGUCCUUCGCGUUUCUGCCGCCUUGUUCCGAGGCCGAGGCACCUCACAGGUAGUGAUGGCUCUACAUAGGACACAGACAUUGCUUCUGUUCUUGCUGCUGACCCUUUUGGGGCUGGGGCUGGUGCAGCCCUCCUACGGCCAGGAUCGCAUGUACCAGCGAUUCCUACAGCAACACGUGGACCCUGAUGAGACAGGUGGUGAUGAUAUCUACUGCAACGUGAUGAUGCAAAGACGGAAGAUGACUUUGCGUCAGUGCAAGCGCUUUAACACCUUCAUCCAUGAAGAUAUCUGGAACAUUCGUAGUAUCUGUAGCACUGACAAUAUCCAAUGCAAGAAUGGCAGGAUGAACUGCCAUGAGGGGGUAGUGAAGGUCACAGACUGCAGGGAGACAGGAAGUUCCAAGCCUCCCAACUGUAGAUAUCGGGCCAUGGCAAGAACUCGGCGUGUUGUCAUUGCCUGUGAGGGGGACCCAGAGGUGCCUGUACACUUUGACAGAUAGAUGCACCCUUGCAGGAGUUAUGGCCGGUGGCUGGCCUUUAACUUACUCCUUGAGUACAAUGAGUAAUGCUUUUGAGCUGUCCCAGACUCUGUCUCCUCUGCUUAUUUCUUACUCUUUUUAUUUUUUAUUUUUUUUUUAUAGCCCAUUUUAUUAAAUACAUUGCAUCAGAGAGUAAAGGAGACGUAAACCUAUAAUGAGUCUGGGCUUUUCUGCAGUAAGCUUCCUUCCAUAAUACUGGUCAGCUUAGCUCUCUCAGAUCUUAUCCUCUGGAAUUUAGUUAUUAUAUGUAUUUUAUAGCGUUUCAAGCAUUUCAGAGUGCUUUCAUUUAAGUUAUCUCAUUUUAAUACCACAGCAGCCCUGUGACGCUGACGAUGCUGAAAUAUAUAUAUAAACUUAAGGGAUUUGCUGAAGACAAUAAAGUCAGUGAAAAAUCUGAGACAAAAAUUUAGUUUAACUGGCUUCUCGUCCAGGGUCUUUUCUACUUCAUCAAGAGCAGUGUUUUGAAAGUGCCUGCUUUUUUUUUUUUUUUUUUUUAAUCCCCUUAAGCCAGCUGUUGGGGGAAGCAAUAAAAAUUUGGAAAUAUAUACUGGCAAAAUGAGA